UUUUUUUUUUUUUUCUUCUUGGUUCAAUAUCGCCAUGUUCUGUUUAAGGAGCUGGCUCCCGCUCCUGUUCAUCCCCACCAACGCCUCGCCAGCUUUCAUAUUCCUCUUCUUCAUCUGCACCUACUUCCUCAACCGGCCCUGCGUCUAUUGCAGCUUCCUGCUGCUGAUCCUCUUCCUCACAUCGUGCAACUGGUCGGACCAGUGCUUCUUCGACUUCAGCAGCAACUGGUUCCUGCCACGCGGGCCUGCGACGCCGAGCCUGCCCGGACUAGCAGCCGACGAUGCCCCCGGUUUCAACGCCACCGUCGUGGAGGUGCUGAACUCGACAGCCAGCGCGCUCGCUGGUGCCGCGGCCGAUGAUCUGGCACGACGGAAACAGGAGUGGACUGGCCUGGGUCUGGAAUGGCUCCGGAGCCUGUUGGGAAGAAGAGAGUGGAGGAUAGAUUGCCUCGAUGUCAGUAUCAGGCUGUAAUGCAGGGCGAUGAGAAUGAAAGCGAGAACAUGCGGUUUUGCGAGGGAAUGCCAACGAAAAAUAGAAGUGUCGUGCCGUGUAUGAAUCCGCGGCUAAUGAUAGCGUCAUAGGUAUUAGCCUGUAUUUUUUUUCUUCUUCUUCUUCUUCUU